AUGCCGGAGCUUCGAGAAUCCUUCCAGGCUCUAAUCUCCGAAGCGAAUGCGCAGGAUACCUCGAGCUUCGCAUGGGCUCCAGGUGCCGCAGCUAUGCACGGCACACCGCUGCAGUCUGCCUUGGCAGAACAGGCCGUAACGAAGAUGGCCGUGUCCGGCCCACAGGACGCGAGCAACACGUUGCGAAGGCUCGCCACACUGGAAGGCAACGAGGCGUCGCUCCUGAAAUCCGGUGCGGGUCGACUCUAUGAGCUGCUUCCGGAGUGCGGAGCCCAAGAUCUUGCGACUUCGGCCUGGGCGACGGCCACGCUGCAGGUCAGUCACGAGACCGCGCUGUGUGGGACCUUGGAAGCCGCGCUGCAGAUACUGGAUACGUCUCUAGCUCAGAAUCUCGCGAACAUGGCCCGGGCUUCGGCGAAGCUCAGCAAGUUCGACUUGUCUUUCCUGGAAGCUGCCGCCUUUCAGUUCUUGUCCGCCAGAGAGUUGAACUCACAGAACCUUGCGGGCAUGGCAUGGGCAUCCUCAACUUCAGAACACUUUCACGAGCCGCUGUCUACUUUCACUUCGCAAAGGGCAGCUGGGACCAUGAGCGAGGCACAGUGCCAGGAGAUUGCCAACCUUGCCUGGGCUUCCAGCAACCUCCAUGCCUGGAGUGGCACGCUGAUGCUGUCGACAUGCUGGGAGUGUCGAAGCAGAGCUCCGCAACUUCUGCCGCAGGAGCUUUCGAACCUUGCCUGGUCUUUUGGGAAGCUCUUCGCCCAAGACCAACUGCUGUUUCAUACCGCUUCCGAGGCGUGCUUACAGAAGGCCGGACGAUUUGGGCCACAGAACUUGAGCAACACAGCAUGGAGAUUUGCCACAAGUGCCGUCCUUGACCGGCCCUUGAUGCGGAUGACCUCUGAAAAGGGGAUCUCCAGUCUGGACCAGUUAGAUGCACAAGACGCCUCCAACUUGGGUCGAGCUUCCAGCACGUUGGACUUGAGUGAAGAGGCCUUAGUCAACUACCUUCCGGAAGCUUGCUCCUGGCUUGUCUUUUCGGUAGAUGUUCCGAAACCCCAUAUAUAUAUAUACAUAUAUAUAUAUAUAUAUAUCGAAAAUUGA